AUGAUACGGAACACGCCUACACUACCUCCCAUCAUUCCACCAGAUGCCCACUCGUCCAGAUACCAUGAUCAUCGUUCACCCUAUGCAUUCUCAACUCAAUCUACUCCACCCAUCCUACCCGGAAGACCCCAGCCACCCCUCUUUUCCCCACCCUCCGCCUCGUCCAGUACUCGAGCCCCUCCCUCAACCCAGUCUUCCGCCUCACGCCCUCGAGACUCUCUCACUGGACCCUAUCAUCCUCAGUACCAUGCAGAACUUCCUCGCAGCCACCCUCGUGACAGUAUCCAGCUGGCACCUCCCUCUGGUCCCUCUAGGUUUGGCUCAUCUCCGCUGCCAUGGCCAUCGACCGUGAGCGAUGCUGGACCAGUGUCGCUGACGAAGAAGGACAAGACGCAGCCUGAAUCAAUACCUAAGCCAGUGUCAGACCGCAGUGACAGGAGUGACUUCUCCCUCUCGACGCUCACGGCCGGCAUCCUCUCCGGCGGUUCUCCGGCUCCCUCGUCCCGGAAGCAGCAGCUCAUCGAUGCCUUGGACGCGCUGGGAGAUCGAGACGAAGUUGAUGUCUUUGCCGACUCGUACUUUGAAAGCCUCGUGGCCACGGGCACCUCGACGCCUCUCCUCAGAUCCGAGCUCGCCACGGCUAUUGACGAGGUAUUUGACCUGCGCAUCAUGUCAGAUGCAAUCCGAUACGACGACACUACCUUUCACAAGGUCGCUCUCAUUCACAUGGUCUUUGCUCUCGGUAGACUCAUGUCGGCUGAACAGAGAGUGAACGAUGCCAAGUCCCGACAAUCGUUCUCCAUCGUGCAGCAAUGUCUAGUGUUGGGCAACUUCUUCACGUGCACCAGCAUUCUCAGCUUGCAGACCUUAUCAUUGAUGACGACCUUUCUUGGCUACUCCGACAUUUCUGGAGGUAACGAGCAGUCUCACCAGUUGCGAGGCAUGGCCCUGAGGCUCAUGGUGGCAAUGGGCCUACAUAGAGACGCACACAACGAGCAAAUGUCUGCUGCAGAUCUCAACCAACGUCGAAGGGUCUUCUGGGACAUUUAUUCUUGCGAUGUCUUCUCGUCAAGGGCGCUCAGUCGACCUAAUGGGAUAUCACUCAAUCAGUUUGAUUCACGAUUCCCCGAAGAAUUCUUCUCACCCGAAGGAAUUUAUGAUUUGAAACGCUGCGAGUUGGUACUUCUUGCGGGAAAGGUUCUGGAGGAGCAUCUGCGCAUCCGGCCCGAGCCAUAUCCCACCAUUGUGGACCUUUGGCAAAGGAUUGGCUUGUUCGAAGAGAGUAUUCCGUAUGAAUUGCGGUGCCGGCCGGCAGCCCAAGCACAAGUCUCGCGGCACACUACACCGGACGCCGCAGCAUCUUACACCCCGGCAACGUCGAGGAAGGAUAUGGGUUUGGCUUUCAAGCAACACUCUCUUAUGCUCAACUCUUGCUUGGCAAUCUUCACCCUCCUCCGCCCCUACUUUGUCGAUGCGUUGUACACUCAUCCCCACGAACCUCUGCACUCCGAGUACGGUGACGCCUACCUUGCAGUCGUGGAACGCUGUGUUAUGCUUAUUGCAAUGCUGGAUCACCUCCAUUCUUUGUUCCCGCGAAGCAGUACGAGGCAGUUGCACUUUUGGAGCUGCAUCUUCCCCGCUGCGAUGUGCCUGGCAACGAUUCCCAUUCUAUCGCCGGAGAACCCGUUGGCGUCACUUGCUAUCCACCACCUAGAUACGGCCAUCAAACUCCUUCAGCAGGUUCAAGAUCUCGUCCCUCAGCAGUCUCUACGCGACAGUCUGCCAUGGCUCCUCCACCUGCAGAGCCGGGCGGAAGUGCGCGCAAAGAAACCUUCUAAAUCUUCACCCUACGAAUCGAGUCAUCAGACCCUCGAUUCGGGUCUCGAGGACUGGCGAAGAAGGCUCGUUCAACUCGGCAGGCACGUAUCGCCAUCUGGGCGACCCGACUCAGCAGGUGGUCCCCAAGCUGCCCUGAGUCAGCGAGACGAAAAGAGCAAACCUCCCGGUCGUCUGCCCCUGCAUGAGCCGCACAACCAGAUUCAGAGCUACGGACCCGGGCGCAAUGGUCAGAUCCUCGAUGUCGUCCGUACGUUUCCGGCGGAAAUGUUGGAGCAAAUCUUUGGGGCAGAGUAUGUAUAA